CUACGAUUUUUUCAAACUGAGGACGACACUUUCUUCACUUAAUUUCACCCACAGAGGAAAGUGGACGCGCAGGGAAGAAGAAUUCCUCCUCCAAAUCCCAAAUUCUAAAACAAAAUCAAAGCCACGAUCCUAUAACUUGGUCAAAGUCUACAUCUUUCAUUGUCUUCAUCUUCUUCGCCUCCUCAGUUUUAUAAACAAAAACCAUUACAGAAAUACUUGCAAAGAAUUGAAACCGAGAAGAAAAAGAAGAAAAAAAAGAAACAUAAGUUUCUCUUGUUUCAAGAAGGAAAAAGAAAAUGAAAUCCAAAUCUUUCAUUUAUGUUAUUCUCUUUUUUGCCUUUUGUUUCUCACUUACAGCUGCACAAAUUUCGCCAGGCUCUUCUCUUUCCGCUUCAAAUCCAAACCAAACAUGGCCUUCUCCUAACAACACUUUCUAUGUGGGUUUUACUCAACUGGGUUCCGCUUAUCUCCCCGCGAUCAAUUAUAACGGUGGAGUUGCUGUCUGGACAGCUGGUGAUCCAUCAAUGGCUGUUGAUGCUAACGGUGCUUUUCAUUUCCGUCUUAACGGAACUCUCCAGCUUGUUAAUGGGUCUGGCUCUGUUAUCUGGGACUCGAACACCGGCCAUCUGGGAGUCAACUCAGCUUCGCUUGAUGAUUCUGGUAAUCUUGCUUUAAAGAAUGGAAGUGGUGCUUCUGUUUGGUCAAGUUUUGAGAAUCCAACUGAUACUAUUGUUCCUAAUCAGAAUUUAACUGAAAAUCAAACUUUGAAAUCUGGGUUCUACUCUUUUAAGGUUCUUGAUUCUGGGAAUUUGACUUUGACAUGGAACAAUAGUGUAAUUUAUUGGAAUGAAGGCUUAAAUUCUUCCAUUGAUUCUAAUCUGAGUUCUCCUGUUCUGGGUUUGCAGCCUAUUGGGAUUUUAUCUAUUUCUGAUGUUAGUUUAACUAGUGAUUAUAUUGUUGCUUAUAGUAAUGAUUAUGCUGAAGGUAGUGAUAUUUUGAGGUUUUUGAAGUUAGACAGUGAUGGGAAUUUGAGGAUUUAUAGUUCUGCUUCAGGUAGUGGAACUAUAACUAUGAGAUGGUCUGCUUUGGCUGAUCAAUGUCAGGUUUUUGGAUAUUGUGGAAAUUUGGGAAUUUGUAGUUAUAAUGCUUCGAGUUUGAAUCCUACUUGUGGUUGCCCAUCACAAAAUUUUGAAUCCGUUGAUGAGAAUGAUAGUAGAAAAGGGUGUAAAAGAAAAGUGGAGAUUGAGAAUUGUCCUGGGAGUGCUACUAUGCUGGAGAUGAAUCAUGCUGAAUUCUUGACUUACCAGCCCGAGCUAACCUCCCAGGUUUUCUUCGUGGGGAUAUCUGCUUGUAGGUUGAAUUGUCUUGUGAGUAGUUCUUGUGUUGCUUCCACGUCUUUGUCUGAUGGAACUGGGUUGUGCUACUUGAAAACACCGAAUUUUGUUAGUGGGUAUCAGAAUCCAGCACUUCCUAGUACCUCAUAUGUGAAGGUGUGUGGCCCAGUGCAACCAAACCCUUCAGCUGUCUUGCAGAUUGCAGGAAAUAGCAAAAGAAGUCUGCGUGUGUGGGUUGUUUGUGUUGUUGUUGUGGUUACCCUUAUUGGUUUGAUUGCUAUAGAGGGUGGCUUGUGGUGGUGCUGCUGUAGAAAUAGCUCCAAGUUUGGCAGUUUGUCAGCUCAGUAUGCACUCCUUGAGUAUGCAUCCGGUGCACCUGUGCAGUUCUCAUAUAAGGACCUGGACCGUGCAACAAAGGGGUUUAAGGAAAAGCUUGGAGCUGGAGGGUUUGGAGCUGUUUAUAAAGCGGUUCUUGCUAACAGAUCGGUAGUUGCAGUAAAACGACUUGAGGGAAUUGAGCAGGGUGAGAAACAGUUCAGGAUGGAGGUUGCGACUAUAAGUAGCACUCACCAUUUAAAUUUGGUGAGAUUGAUUGGAUUUUGUUCAGAGGGACGGCACAGGCUUUUGGUGUAUGAGUUCAUGAGAAAUGGGUCGCUUGAUAAUUUCCUCUUCGCUGCAGAUGAGCAGUCAGGGAACUUGUUGAACUGGGAGCAUAGAUUUAGCAUUGCCCUUGGAACUGCAAGAGGAAUCACUUAUCUUCACGAGGAAUGUCGAGAUUGCAUUGUUCAUUGCGAUAUCAAGCCAGAGAACAUUCUCUUGGAUGAGAAUUAUAAUGCCAAGGUGUCCGAUUUUGGUCUGGCAAAGCUCAUAAAUCCUAAAGAUCAUAGGUACAGAACCUUGAAAAGUGUUAGAGGGACAAGAGGGUAUUUGGCACCUGAGUGGCUUGCAAAUCUUCCAAUAACUUCAAAAUCAGAUGUUUACAGUUAUGGUAUGGUUUUGCUGGAGAUAGUGAGUGGAAGAAGGAAUUUUGAAGUCUCAGAAGAAACAUAUAGAAAAAAGUUCUCUAUGUGGGCUUUUGAACAGUUUGAAAUGGGUAAUAUGAGUGCUAUUGUGGACAAAAGGCUUACUGAAGAAGAUGUGGAUAUGGAGCAAGCAACAAGGGCAAUUCAAGUAAGCUUAUGGUGCAUCCAAGAGCAACCAUCUCAAAGGCCGAUGAUGGGAAAAGUUGUGCAGAUGCUGGAGGGAAUCACAGAUAUCGAGAAACCACCAGCUCCAAAGUUAAUAUCUGAAAGUUCAGCAAAUGGCACAAGCAUCAACAUGAGCAGCAAUGGCAGUGCUCUCUCAACCUUUGCAGGCUCAGCUUCAGCUCCAGCUGCUUCAUCAUUUUCCUCCUUUCAAACUAUUGCUGUUUCCCCUUUGCCGUCAGCGAAGAACACAGAGAAGGCAUCUUCAUCACUUCUAAGUUCUGAUCUUAACUGAACCUCAUUUUCAUGCUUGUAAGCUUUUACGGAUCAAAAUAGCAUAUAUAAUAAUGAUAUGUAGUGUAAAAAUUGUUAUUUAAAAUGUAGUAUACAAAGUGCAGAAUGAGAUUUUAUGGACA